AUAAUCAGUAAUAGUAAUAUUUAAUAAUCUUCAGAGCUCUAACUUAAGUCAAAAUAAUGUUAUUAACACGAUUCAUAACAAAAUUUAAACCAAACAAUUUUAAGCGACAAAUACAGUAUCGUCAUGUCAGCUAUAUACAAGGUCAGGAACCGGAACCAAAAAUACGAGAAUAUUUCUACUACAUUGAUCACGAAGGAAUGUUAUUUUUAGACGAUGCCAGAAUGAAAAAUUUCACAUCAUGUUUCAAAGAAAAGAAGUUUUUAAAAUUUUUCUUCGAUCGUGUUAAGCUUAACGAUGCAACACGUUAUCGAGAAGAUUUCCCCUAUUUAUCACCGUGUGGUCGGGAACGUAAUUUCAUUAGAUGUGAUGAUACACCCAUAGUUUUCACACAUGUUAUUGAAAAUAAGGAAAAUACAGGCCCAGACAAACUGCAAUACAAUCAUGCAGGUGAAAUAUUACAAGUCGAUUUUCAGCCAACAAAGAUCUAUAUGAAUCCGGAAACAGGUCGUGUUUAUCAUCCGGCUUGGCCAAAAGUGGGUAAUAUUGGUUUAAUUAGAUCGAAAUUAUCCAUAGAAUUGAGCAAGUAUUUUGAAUUUGAAGAAGGUGAACAUAAUGCACCUUCGCACAUAUGGUGGAAAGAUAAAAAACUUUUAUUACAAAAUGAUUGGAUCGUCAAUACACAACGUUAUGGUAUAAACUCUAAUAAAGAAAUACAAUAAUAAACAAAUAUUUGUUCUAUACUACUAAUGUUAAUAUACUACGUACAUAUAUAUUGUUACAUAAUUAAAAUGUUGAAAAGAAAGAUAAAUUGUAAAUAAAUAAAAAUAUAUUUUCUACUAUUCCAAA